CCGAAACCCUUUUCCUGUCCCGGUUCGCCGCUCCCGGACACCGCUCGUUUCGGCCGCCCGUCCUUCCGCCCAGCACCGCCUUCUACACCACCCGCCACCCCGCUUUUCCUACGAUCCCACCGAAAUCCACUGAAACCGAGCGUUCUCUCCUUUCUCCAGAAUCAAAUUCCCUCCUCCCUUUCCAUUCGCCGCCACGCAGUUGCCAAAUCCCUAGAUCCCGCCCCGCCUCCAAAAAUAUACAAGAAUGUCGCCGAUACACCCGAGGAUGCCCGCCCCAGAUCCUCGCCCCUGAUGGAUCACCGCCCCGCCCCCCUCGUCAUCGACCUCAACGAGUUCCCCCCGCCCCCCUGCGACACCCCUCCCGCCGCCCCGGCCCCGGCGGCGCCACCCAUCCCCAUUCUUGGCCCGCCGGUUCCUCCCGCUUUCUUGCCCUUCGAUGCCUACGCCUUGGCGUGUAGGUUCCAUGGGAAUCUUGCCCCCGCCGCCGGCCUCGCGGCGGAGUUCCCGGGGGAGACCGGCGUCGGCCGGCCCCUCCCGUGUGGGCUCUGCGGCCGCCCCGAGAGCCAGGGCGGUACCGUCGUCUGCGACGGAUGCGAGAGGGGGUUCCACCUCAGCUGCGCCCGGGUUCGGGCGCGGCAGCAUGUCGCGUUUGAGGAGUGGGUCUGCGCCGAGUGCACCCUGAAUGGGGUGCCGAAUAAGAGGUGGGCUCUUGGGGCUGCGAGGCUUCUUGAUAUCAAUGCCCUGCCGCCGAGCGAGGGAGAUGGGGAAGCGAACACCUCGGAGGAGUUGCACGUCGGCGGAAACGGCGGGCUAAACAGAAUAAACAAUCCUGAUGGAUCUUCAUUUGGUGGGUUUGGUGCAUCAUUUCCACAUUUAAAUGUUGGUCACAUAAGAAAUGCUUUUGAUUUAGGCAAGGAUACUGAAAUAGUAAGUGAUGACAUGAAAAAAAAUUCGGAAGGUGUUUCACACCAUGGACUAUUUGCAAGUAGAGAUUUCGAAGAUCCAGUUUCGAGCUCUUCUCUUUUAGGAAGGUCUGCGGUCAAUAUUGUAACGGUAUCAGGUCAGUCACAGGGAGAGAUGUUUCUUCAGUCAUUAAGAAACUUUAUUAUGGAUAGGGGAGGCUUUCUGGGUGACGGUUGGUCAGUGGAAUUUAAAGAAUUGGAGAACAGAUCUGGUCCAUAUGCUGUAUAUUGUGCACCAGAUGGAAAAAGGUUUGAGUCAGUGGCUGGUGUUUCCCAAUAUCUCGGGAUAAACUCAUUCUUCCCUUCUAUGGACAUUGAUGAAAGAAGUGAUGGUUCGGGCACUGCACAGAAGUCAUUGACCCUUCGCAGAAGGAAAAAAGAUCUUGCCAGAAAUUCAAUGAUAACAAGUUAUAAUGAAAAUCAGGACAGUGUGCAGGUCAGCUGUGGAAUGGAGCCCUCAUCUGAUACAGAGUUCCUGGAAUCAAGUUUUGCAAAAACUUCCAUGGAGGAGAAUUGUGGCAAUGAAUCGCAAGAUGUGACUGUUGGUCUUCCAAUUCAAUAUGAAGAUUUCUUUGUGGUCAGUCUGGGGAAAAUUGAUUUACGAAUAACAUAUCAUGACAGCUAUCAGAUUUGGCCUGUGGGAUAUAAAUCCUGUUGGCAUGAUAUAAUUACAGGUUCACUUUUUGAGUGUGAGGUGUCAGAUGGUGGUAACGCUGGGCCUGUUUUCAAGGUGCGGAGGCGUCCAUGUUUAAUAUCACCUAUACCCAAUGGGGCAACUGUUCUGUUUCAUAAAAGUGUUAACAAAGAUAAUAUGCCACAAAGGAUGGAAAGUACUAGCACGACUGUUGAUGCAGAUUAUGAUAAAGAUGAAGACAUUCUAAUGCUGCUAUCAGAUCCAGAUCAAUCACAGCAAGACUUGUUAUCAUGCUUUAGCAGCAAUCUUGGUGAAACAUCAUAUGAAUCCUCUGUGCAAAUUAAUAUGCAAAAGGCAGCUGUUUUAACACCCGAUCUGAAUUGCCAUUCAGAAAGGUCUGCUGAGGCUUCAGGAAUGAGAGAUGAAAUAGGAGAAUUCUAUGUAGAAGGAAGGUCAUCACAGUCAGUAUGGAAGAUGGUCUCUCAUACUCUUCUUGAUGCUUGCCGCGAAGUGUACAAGCAAUCAGGCUGUUUGCAAUUUAGCUGCAUGCACGAUGGUAGAAAGCUUUCAUCAUAUUCAGGUAAUGGAAUUCUAGAAACUCUUGAUCAUCUUGGUCCCCUAGCUAAAUUUUGCUGUUUCCAUGGGCCGAUUGGUACACCACGAGUAAUCCAGAAAGACAGUGAACUAGAAGCUACAUGCAAAUCACUUGCAGAAUGGUUAAACCAGGAUAGGUUUGGAUUGGAUAUGGGCUUUGUACAAGAAAUUAUUGAAAGCCUUCCUGGAUCUCAUGCUUGUUCGCAUUACCAAUUUUUGAAUGAUAGGACUGAUUUUUCGACAUCAUUGACUGUUGCGAGUGGGAUGCUAAUAGCCAUCCAAAAGAAUGGAGAACAAGAUGGAGAAGAAGUUGCAUUAUAUAGUUUAUACAGAGGGCAUAAAAAAUCUAGGCUGCAGGACUUUGCUGAAGACGACCAAUCAAGAGACUACCAGCACCCACCAGGGAAACCUAUGAACAGCAGGCUUCCAGCAGAGUUGGUUGGGGAUGUUCUUCAGAUAUGGGAAUUGCUGUGGCGUUUUUAUGAAAUUUUGGGUCUGAAAGAACCUCCAUCAUUUGAAGAGCUUGAAGAAGAGCUUAUUGAUCCGUGGCCUAUUGGGUCAUAUAAUUUGGAGAAAUUACAAAAGGAAAUUCAGAAAUGUAAGGACCCUGCUUCACAACUAAAUAAUAGUGCAAAUGGCUCAACCUCAUUUCCAACUGGUGAAUCUGGUCCAGUAGCUCAUGAAGAGAGUCCAUUCGCAUUUAUGCCAAUUGAAACAGCGUCUGCAAGGGAAGCCGCUCAAGCUAGAUUGGCAUCAUAUACUUAUGGCAGAUGCAAUGGAGUAGCUUUGACAAAGAUUCAUAUUGCAUUGCUGAAAGUGUUGGUCAGUGAGCUACUUUGCAAGGUUGCAGUUUUCGUAGAUCCAAAUUUUGAUGCUAGAGAAUCAAAACCGAGACGUGGAAGAAAGAAAGAUGUUGAUAACUCCCCACCUGCAAAAGAAACAAAGAUCGAUAUGCUAACUAUUAAUGAACUGACAUGGCCAGAAUUAGCCCGGAGAUAUAUUUUAGCUGUCUCAUCUGUGAAUGGUUGCAUGGAUUCACCAGAUGUCUAUAGUCGCGAAGGUAUGAAGUUGUUCCGCUGCUUCCAGGGUGAUGGUGGUGUGCUCUGUGGCUCACUUUCAGGAGUUUCUUCAAUGGAAGCAGAUGCAUUGCUGCUUGCGGAAGCUGAAAGACAAAUAUCUGGUCAUAUGAAGCGGGAUAAUGAAGUUUUGCCUGUGGAUGACAAGGAUUUUGAUGCAGCAAUAGUUGCUUCUGAGCCAGCUGUUGUGAAUAGCAAUAGUCUUCCUGAGUGGGCACAGCCUCUGGAGCCUGUGAAAAAGUUACCAACCAAUGUGGGAACAAGAAUAAGAAAGUGCAUCUAUGAUUCUCUGGAGAAAAAUCCACCAGAAUGGGCGAAGAAAAUUUUGGAGCAUUCAAUCAGUAAAGAAGUUUAUAAGGGAAAUGCAUCGGGGCCGACCAAGAAAGCUGUUCUAUCUGUGCUGGCAGAGGCAUCUGCUGGAGGUCUGCAGCAGAAACCCAAGGGACGGAAAGAGAAGAGUCCGAUUUCUCUAUCAGAUGUCAUUAUGAAAAAAUGUCGUAUUGUGCUACGACGUGCUGUUUCUGCUGAUGAGGCAAAAGUUUUCUGCAAUUUGCUUGGAGCUGCCCUAACGUAUUCUAAUGACAAUGAAGAUGAUGGUAUUCUCGGAUUUCCUGCUAUGGUUUCUCGCCCUUUGGACUUCCGUGCAAUUGAUCUAAGACUGGCUGUUGGGGCUUACGGUGGAUCCCAUGAGGCUUUUCUUGAGGAUGUUCGGGAGGUCUGGCAUAAUAUAUGUACAGCAUAUGGGGAUCGGCCUGAUCUGAUGCAAUUGGCGGAAACAUUGUCACAGAAUUUUGAGUCAUUGUUUGAGGAGGAGGUGCUCAGCCUGGCUCAGAAGUGUUUAGAUCAUGCUGGUGCCAAGCAUUUUGCUUCCGAAACGUGGAAGGAGCUGCAUGAUGUUCUUCUUACAGCAAAUGAGCUACCUAAAGCCCCUUGGGAGGAAGGAGUCUGCAAAGUCUGUGGCAUUGAUAAAGAUGAUGACAGUGUUUUACUUUGUGAUAAGUGUGAUUCUGAAUAUCAUACAUACUGUUUGAACCCUCCACUAGCUCGAAUUCCAGAAGGGAAUUGGUACUGUCCAUCCUGUGUUCAGAGUCAAUCUAAGAUGCCAGAUUCGCGGAUGCAUUCUCAAUUUAUUAAACGCCAUCCAAGGAGACAUCUGGGAGACGAAGCUCGUGCUUUCCAGGAGGCUCUAAAUCAGCUAGCAGUCACAAUGGAAGAAAGAGAAUAUUGGGAGUUCUGCAUGGAAGAGAGAAUAUUUUUGCUGAAGUUUCUAUGUGAUGAAGUGCUGAACACUGCACUUGUUCGAGAACACCUAGAACAGUCUGCUGAUAAAUCAAAUGAGAUGCAGCAAAAAUUGCGUAAUCUAGGUGUAGAGUGGAGAACCUUGAAAAACAAAGAAGAAUUACUGGCAACGAGUGCUGUAAAGGAAAGUACAAGCAAACUUAGCGGACUUGGUGAUGUUGCAAGAGAAGAUGGUACAACUGCUAUGUGUGCCGGCCAUGCUAGAUUGAUGGGACAGCAACAACAUUUCAGCAACAAAAUGAACAAUAGUGUAAUGGGUUCAGCAAAUCCACUGAAGGGGGCAUCCAUAAUGAUGGAGGAAUGCCUUGUGGAGACUGGACAAGUUGCUGUUGGCAAGGACUACUUACCGAAGAGCAUAAUGGACACAAAUGCCCAUGCUAAGAGACCCCAGAUGCACACAAUUGAUGAACCUGCUUUCGAUAAAUCAUUUCCUGAAAACUUAUCCUCUAGUAUGAAUGUUAGUAGAAGAGAUCAAUUCAAUGGACAAGAUGAAAAAUCCACAGUAGUUUCUUCACAAGGAGAAGGUGAUGAAGCUGGGAGAGAAGUGGUGAUGAACAUUGUAAAUGUUGAAAAGAAUGCCCCUAUUCCAUUAAAAGCUGCUAUUCUUCAUGGAUCUCAUCAGUUUUCUGAUGGUAGGAGAACUGAUUUGGAAGAGUGUGCUCAUUCAAUGUCCACAUGUUCUGCAGUCAAUACCUUAGUGGGAGAGUUCUCAACUCCCAAUCGGGAUAGAACACUUGAAGGAAGUGAUAACGAUAUUCAUGCCAAUGUAACUGAGCCUGAAGGCAGUUACCUUGAGAUGGAAUCUUUAAAAAAUGAGAUUUCAUGUUUGCAGGAUUCAAUUGCCAGUUUGGAGUCACAAGUUAUGCUGACAUCAGUAAGAAGGGAAUUUCUAGGUAGGGAUUCUUCCGGCCGAUUGUACUGGGUUAUAGGUAGGCCUGGUAAACGUCCUUGGUUUGUGGCUGAUGGAAGCAUGCCAGCAGCAUCUGAAAGAAGAGAUGCAUAUCUGAGUGGGUCUCAUACUUGUAGCCCUUUUAAUUCUGAUCGGAAUAACUUUUGGGCUUUAUUUGAAUCUGAUAAUGAAAUUCAAGAACUUGUUGGUUGGUUGAGGGAUAGUGAUCCUAGAGAAAGAGAAUUGAAGGAAUGUAUCUUGCAGUGGCUAAGACUUCUGUUGUAUCAGGAUACGAACCAUCAACCUGAUGAUUUUCAACAAAUAUCAAAGUCCUCUGUCAGUGAAAAAUCUGCAGUUCCACAUUGUUUAAGUACAAAGGCUGCAAAGAUUCUUGAGAGCAGGUAUGGUCCUUGCUUAGAGCCAGAAGCAAGUGAAAUCCCAAGAAAACGAGGGGGGAAGACAAAAAUAGGAUAUGAGGAGAGAAUGUAUAGAUGUGUGUGCUUAGAACCUGUAUGGUCUUCUAGAUACCACUGUCUUUCCUGUCACCAGACUUUUUGCACGGUCAUUGAACUUGAGGGACAUAGCGAUGGAAAGUGCAUUCCAACUAAUCCAGCUUCUGAAGAAAGCAAAGAAAGUGAUGAUCAAUUAAAAGGAAAAGGGGGAAGGUCAGAGAGCAUCAAAGAAAAGGAGCACUCUGAUGAGGUUGAUAUUGUUGAGACAUCAAACAAUAAAAAGUUAAUCUGCUGGAGGUUGGUUAAGUUUCCAAGGAAAGUAUGUCCUUAUGACCUUGAUGAGAUAAGUAAGAAAUUCAUCAUCAAAAAUUCUAACAAGGAUUUGGUGCAGGAAGUAGGGCUUAUUGGUUCAAAUGGGGUCCCAUCUUUUGUCCCUUCACCUGUAUUUCUUCUUAAUCCCACAUUAGUGCUGAACCAAAGUAAAAAAUCUGAUGCUGGUCAGGAUGCUGGAUUAGCCUUAUCAGAAGAGUGGCUGCCAAUGUCCAUGCAAAGGGAACAAGCUGGUGCAACUGCAUCCAGGGAUGGCAUAAGAAAUGGCACCGAAGGAGCCACUAAGUCAGUGCAAAAUUGUGUAAGCAAUGAUUCUGAUGACCAGUUGAUAAAAAGAAAGGGAUCCUCAUCAGAUUAUACAGGUGAUGGAGAGCGAACACCCCUCAUAACUACUAAGACACAAGGACUGGAAGUUAGUCACCGAUGCACAAUUCCUGAGUCAUCAUUCAGGCCCCUUGUGGGUAAAAUUGCUCAAAUAUUAAAGCAACUCAAGAUCAAUUUACUUGAUAUGGAUGCAGCCCUGCCUGAGGAAGCACUAAGACCUUCUAAGUCGCACUUGAUGAAAAGAUGUGCUUGGCGUGCAUUUGUCAAGUCUUCAGAGUCAAUAUUUGAGAUGAUUCAAGCAACAAUCUUGUUUGAGGGCAUGAUCAAGACAGAAUACCUGAAAAACAGUUGGUGGUUCUGGUCCUCACUCACAGCUGCAGCGAAGACCCCGACUGUUUCAUCCCUUGCUCUCCGAAUAUACACUCUUGAUGAUUCUAUCAUCCAUGUCAAGGACGUGCUUCCCAAUUCAGACACAAUGGAAAGUUUUAGGUUGACAAACAAGAUAGGGAAGAAGAGAAAAGAAGUUGAAUAGGGUCUUAGUGAUACAGUUAAAUUACUGAAACCAGAUCUUCAUUCCUGUGGGAUGUGUGGUGGCAGCCUUUGAUACUCUGCCUCAUGAGUCCUGAUUCUCUUAGUACCAGGAAAAAAGAGAAGAUUUCAGUGUUAUUUCCCUUGUCACCUAUGUACAUAUGUUUAAAGAGUUUUCAACUGACCGGAUUUGACAGGGUGGUUGCCCGAUUGAGAAUCAGAGACCUAUUGGGGAUUUGUAUAUUUCCGUUGGAUGGAAGUAGGUUGGGCUGUCUGAUAGUGCACAAGUUUCUUGCAGAAUGAACCAACUCAGCAGCAGGCUGUUUGCAGAGGGACUCACCAAUGUGGCAAAGAUUAACACGACAUACAGAAUGCAACCAAUGUAAAAGCAGUGUUGUAUGUAAGUUUAGUCAAACUACCAAAUAUGAAAUUUGGUCCUCUCUCUCUCUCUUUCUCUCUCUCUCUCUCUCUGUGGCAACAUUUUUUACGUUUAAUUGUGAUUCUUAGCCCACCUUUUGUUUCUUUGUAUCAUAAUUAAAUGCACUUGUGCCUUUUAGUUAGGGUUAUGGUUAUGGUUUUUGUGAGGAUGGACGGAUGCUUCUGUGAAUUUCUAACUCAUUUUUUAUGGUUGGGAUGGUUUCUCGGUUGAGCAAGCAGGCAGCCAGAUGAAGUUGCAUUAUCCUCAUGUCAAGCAAGUUCAUACAUCAGAGAAGAUGUAGAGAACUCGGUACUGGUACUUGUUUGAAUUUCUGUAGUAGUUUGGAGUAGGGGGCAAAAAAAAAGCCUUCUAGCUAACGCUGUGAAAAUAACAAAGCUUGAUGUGAAGAUUAACUGAUGUAUAUCUGGAUAUUUGUACUCAUUAAUUGAAAUUUGUUAUUAGAUAA